AUGAAUUUAUAUAACUUCAAGAAGAUCGCUGUAGUCCCUACAGCUAAGGACUUCAUAGAUAUAAUAUUGUCGAAAACACAACGUAAAACACCUACGGUUGUACACAAACACUACAAAAUAUCAAGAAUACGUGGGUUUUACAUAAGAAAAGUUAAAUUCACGCAACAGAACUUCCACGACCGCCUGUCAAGGAUUAUACAAGAAUUCCCAAAACUAGAUGAUGUGCAUCCGUUCUAUGCGGAUCUUAUGAACGUGUUGUACGACAAGGACCACUACAAACUAGGUCUUGGGCAGCUGAACACAGCCAGACAUCUCAUUGACACAGUGGCAAAGGAUUAUGUGCGUCUAUUAAAAUACGGUGACUCUUUAUAUCGAUGCAAGCAGUUGAAGCGAGCGGCUCUCGGCCGCAUGGCCACCAUCAUGAAACGUCAAGCGGCCAACCUUACUUAUCUAGAACAGGUCCGUCAACAUUUGUCGCGUCUGCCGUCCAUCGAUCCGUACACACGUACCAUCAUCAUCUGCGGCUUCCCUAAUGUUGGCAAAUCCAGUUUUAUCAACAAGAUCACAAGAGCUGAUGUAGAAGUGCAGCCUUAUGCGUUCACUACGAAGAGUCUGUACGUUGGACACACCGACUACAAGUACUUGAGGUGGCAGGUAAUCGACACCCCAGGUAUCCUGGACCACCCUCUAGAGGAGCGCAACGUGAUAGAGAUGCAGGCUGUCACCGCCCUGGCUCAUCUGCGGGCUGCAGUACUCUACUUUGUGGACCCAUCGGAGCAGUGCGGACACAGUAUUGAAGAACAGAUAUCACUAUUUCAGAGUAUUAAACCCCUGUUCAGCAACAAGCCUCUCAUAGUAGUGCUCAACAAGAUGGAUGUGGUGAAGCCCGAGGACCUGGCCCCUGCCAAGAAGCAGCUCAUCGAGAACCUAAUGGAGAUUUGUUCUAAAGGAAAUCUUGUCAACGCGGACGCGAACUCGGAUCUGUCGGUAGUGCCUGUCAUGCGUAUGUCUACCAUAACAGAGGAGGGCGUACAGGAGGUUAAAAUAGAAGCCUGCGAAAGGCUGUUGUCGCACAGAGUUACAGAGAAGAUGAGGACCAAAAAGGUGGAUGGCAUACUAAACAGGUUACAUGUAGCAGUCCCCACUCCUCGUGACUCCAAGGCUCGCCCCGCCGUCAUACCUCCCUCCGUCGCGCUCAAGAAACAACAGCAGGCCGAGAAGCUGUCUAGGAAACGGAAGUUGGAGAGGGAGAUUGAGAUUGAAGAGGGAGACGACUAUGUACUUGACCUCCAGAAGAACUACUCAGAUAUCCCAGAAGAGGAGAGACACGACCCCAUACCUGAGUUCUGGGAGGGACACAACAUCGCUGAUUAUAUUGAUCCAGAGAUAUUUGAUAAACUAGCGGAACUGGAGAAGGAGGAAGAACUCCGCGAAGCAGGAGGCAUGUACGCUGUGCCCAAGAUCGAGCUAGACGACACCAUGAAGGAGAUCAGGGAACUGGCGCGGCAGAUUCGCAACAAGAAGGCGAUCCUGAAGGACGAGUCUCGGCUGGUGAAGCAGUCCACGAAGCCCGUCAUGCCCCGCAACAGCCGCGCCCGCGCCAAGGACCGCUCCACCACCAAGCUGCGGGAGGAGAUGGAGAAACUUGGUGUGGAUAUGUCGGAGACGAAGGAGGCGCACUUCACCCGCUCCAAGUCCCGCUCCCGCUCCCGCUCCGCCCCUGCCGCCAAGCGCCAGCGGGUGGAUGAGCGGGGCCGCUCCGUCAGCCGGCCCGCCAGGGACACAGAAGGCGUUGGGGAUAAGAUUAUGCAAACUAAAGCCAAGAGGAUGGCUCACGUGGCCAUCGCGAAGAAGACCAAACGGAUGGGUCUCAAGGGUGAGGCUGAUCGGUUCAUUGGUACCAAGAAACCAAAACAUCUGUUCUCUGGCAAACGAGGAGUGGGCAAGACAGACCGGCGGUAG